AUGACUGUUCAACUUCUUCUUAUUAUAUUUAGCAUUACUAUUACCAGUAUUGGUGGUACAUCACACAUCUGGAAUAUAAAUGAAGAAAUUGAUUCGAGUGUUUCAUUUCGAUGUGAAAUCGAUGAAUUAAAUCCUAAUGCAGUUAUAACAUGGGUAUAUCGACCAAAAAUAUAUAAAAUCAAGGGCGUAAAAUGGUUACCAUUAUAUGCCAAUGCACGUCGUUUAACACAAGAUAAUCAUCGUUAUAUUGUUGAUUAUAGUGGUUAUAAUGAAAAAACAAAAAAAUAUUUAUCUAUAUUAUCAAUUAAUCAAUUAAAAUUAUCAGAUGAAGGAAUUUAUAUGUGUAAAUCAAAUCAAUAUCAAUCAAUAGCAUCACUUUUUAAUUUAACAAUAUCUCCUUCAAUGAAAAUUUUACCAAAUGAUGGUAUUAUUGAAUUAAAUCGUGUACAACGAUCAAUUAAUUUAUCCUGUAUAGUACGAGAAGUAUCAAUGAAUACAAUUGAUCCAUUACAUCUUAAAUGGUAUCAUAAUAAUCAUGAAAUAAAAAAUUCAUAUUUAAUUGAAAAACCUUUUAAACAUGAAAAUCAAGCAACAUUACAUUUAUAUAUACGUCAUUUAUCAUUUAAUGAUUCUGGAUUAUUUAAGUGUGUCUAUGAUAAUGGAAAAGCAAGCAAAAAUGUUCAAAUUUUUUAUACUUCAUCGAGUAAAUAA